AUGAAAAUAUUUCUGCCGACUCUAGUCGCUGGAGAGAUUGAAUUUUUGAGCAGAUGCUCUGGAGAGCUGAAAAAUAGCUACGGUCGCUACAAAUUCUUCUCGAAAGCGAAAAAUUUCGAACAAGCAAAAGAAAAAUGCAUGAGUCUAGGGGAGGGCUGGAACUUGAUGAUCAUCAACACGAAACGAGAGCUAACGUAUCUCAAAGAAGUUCUGGUCGAUUCUUGCUGGGAAAAUAAAGCAUUCUUGUUGGGAUGGAAAGAGUUUGACACGAUUGCUCCUGGGUCACGUGGGCGACUUGAAACGGUCUUCGGAAAGGAGCCAGAAUGGGAGCCGAAAUGGGAUCGUGGUGAGCCGAAUGAAGAAGGCCAGGAAUGUGUGAUUUAUGAAAGUGGAAAAUUUCAUGAUUCUUUUUGCGCUGAAAAUUAUGCUUUUGCCUGCGAGCAGCAUAAUUUCAUCGAGUUUUGCGAGCCUGAAGCUAUUGAUCCUUCGGAUUUUGAAAACUAUUCAAUCUACGCGCCAGAAAAUCUUGAAGACGGGAGAAACUGGAACGAUGCCCGAGAUUACUGCAUUUCAAAAGGAGCUGGCUGGGAUCUGGCUGUGCCGAACUCAGAAGAAGAGUUCGAUCUUCUUGUCAAGGGAACGAAUUGCUCAAACAAGCGAUUUUGGCUUGGCGCGAAAUAUACCGCGAAUACGGAUGAAAUUGCAGUCGAUGAUGGAGUCUAUGAAGCAGUAGAUGGAUCGACCGAAAAAGAGAUUUUUAGAAGAUGGGAUACUCACACCAAUUGGCUUUCCUCGCCGCCGCAUAAUAGACCUGGGGAAACAGAAUGUCUCAGAAUGCGGGGUAAUUUGAUGAACACCAAAGAUUGCGAGACCGAUGGAAACAAGCUUCCUCAUGGCUGGAUUUGUGAAAGAAACUAA